UAUAAUCGGCCAUAAUCAGCUGUCAUCUGUCCAUUACAUCACGGAUCACGGCCAACUUUUUAAAAAAUAGAUUUUUUGUCUUAAAAAGAAGGCUGAUUUGAAGAACUUAUUUUAAAAACGAAAUUAUGUCUGCAGCACCAGUUCGUGUGUCUCCUGUAAUUAAGUUCUUCAGAUGGAGCUUCUUGGGGGUUGGUGUGGUAUAUGGGGCCUUCCAUCAAAACAGGUUAUCGAACAGGGAAGCUAAAUUAAGAGCAGUCGAAGAGAAACAAAAGGCAGUUCGUGACGCGAAACUUGCUGCCGAAAAGAAAGCAGCAGCCGAUAAAGAAAUUAAGGAACUUGAAGAAAUGGCGAAGUAGAUUAAUUAUCCGAUUUUUUUGUUAAUUAGUAGUAAGUAAUAAAGUGGAUUUCUAAUUUCAAAUAUUAAUUUUUCGGUAUUCCAAAUCAUUACAUGCCUUGCCUUGUGUAACAAUUUUCUUAAUUUUAUGCAACCAGAUAUACCUGAAAUUAUAAAAAAAUUUAAACCGGCCUAAAUUAUAAAAUAAAAUGAUAGAAAUAUAGAAAUUAAUGGUUUACAACUUUUAUCUUCUGUGUUUAUAACGGAAUUAUAUAUUUUAUAAUAAUCUUAUUGCAGCAUGAUGAAUUUUAAAUAAAACCAAAAUUGUA